AAAACUCUCUUUUGCCAAAAGUACAAAAGCCAAGACUAAAAAACGAGACAUGUCAACCAUGGAAGCUUACGACAGAGGAUGUUGAUUUGAAUUUGGUUUAAGUAACUCUUUUCAUGAUGGCUUUACAAAAAGGAUUCCGUUCCCUUUCCAUUUUCAAGAAUCACUUUAGAAGGAUUUCCACCAGCUAUCUUUCACCAAAACUUGAAGGACUUUCAAAGGAUCCAUCAGAUAUAACAGUAGAAGAAUACAAAACUAGAAGGAAGAAUUUGAUAAAACUGUGUUUGGAUAGUGAACCUUGGAGAACUUCUCGUAACCUCCUCCUCUGUGUCCCAGCUGCGCCCCCGGCAUACUAUAGCGACCAAAUUCUCUACCCCUUCCGACAGAAUACAGACUUCAACUAUCUCUGUGGCUAUCCAAAGCCAAACUGUGUUUUAAUCUUGUUCACUGAAUCAGGAAAAGAAGAGAAUUUCAAAUCGAUUUUGUUUGUUCCUCAACCUUUUGAGCAUCAGAGAAUCUGGGACGGUGAAUUUGAGGGUGAAGACAGUAUAGCAAGAUCAACAGGAGUUGAUGAAGUGAAGUUCACAAAAGACAUUGCUAGUUUCCUGUCUACUUUUGUGACAGAUAAUAGUAAAUUUUCUCUGUGGUAUAACUACCAAAAGGCUGUAAAUCCAGAUUUUCAUAAAUCAGUGAUGGCCGAUUUUUUGCGGCAGGGAAAGUACAAGAAACUUGAGAGCUGUGAUCUCUUCGUUCAGUCGCUUCGAGUAGUAAAAUCGCCAGGUGAAAUCGCUCUCAUAAGGAAAAGUAUGGAGAUAACAAAGGCAGCGUUUGCUGCUGUUGAUCACAUGAUUGAUGAAUGGCAGUCAAAGAGGUCAAAGAACAGUCCUUUGUUUGAGUAUGAAAUUCAAGCAGUAAUGGAAUAUGUCUGCCAGUUGAAUGGAGGGCGACUAGCGUAUAUUCCUGUUAUUGCAGGAGGCAACAGAGGAACCACGAUACACUAUGUACAAAACAACAACAAGAUAGACCCUAGAGAGCUUCUGCUGAUAGAUGCUGGCUGUGAAUACAAGGGAUAUACCACGGAUAUCACGAGGGUCCUCAAUUUUUCAAAUUUGACCUAUGAGCAGAAGGUCAUCAUUGGACUUGUACAACUCGUACAGGAGGCAUGUAUCCAGAUGUGUACACCACAAUACAGCCUGAAUGACAUCUACAGGAGGAUGAUAACAAUCAUCGGGGAAUACCUCCAAGUCAUGGGGUUCUUGGACUUAAAACUUGAGGGGAAGCAGUUUGAUAGGGGGGCUGACAGGUUCUGUCCUCAUCAUGUAGGCCAUUAUCUUGGAAUGGAUCUUCAUGAUACACCAUUAGUAUCGAAGGAAAAAAAGUUACAGCCAGGCACUGUGUUAACCAUAGAACCAGGUUUAUAUUUGCGACCAGAGUACAUCCCAGAAAAUCUUUCUUUAUUCAAAGGAAUAGCUGUGAGAUUAGAAGAAAACAUUUUGGUGACAGAAAAAGACCCAAUUAAUUUGUCGGAAAAAGUGUCUCCACGUGAAAAGAGCUUUCUAGCUCGAGACGCAGAUGAAUGUAUGAUUGAUGAAAAAGCUCAAAGAAUAAUUGCAAAACUUAUUUCUAAUACUGGAAUAAAGUGAAAUGAAUUUUU